CUGGAGAGGCGAGAGCUCGGCGUCCGGCGGCGGGCUGGCGUGCUUCUAGCCGCCUCACGCGGUUGCACUGCGCUGCGGGGCGCCGGGCCCCGGACUCUGAGGGUGCGCGGUGACGGGUGGCACACACCGUGCCCGGGAGCGGCGGGCAUAGCUCCCCGGACCACCCGCGCGCCAAGCGGCUCCAGACGGCCGGGAGACGCCCCCUGGCCCCCACCCCAGAGUGGCCCGGACGGGCGAGCAGGACCCGCGGGAGGAGGAGGAGGCGGCGCCGCCGGGACUGCCUCCCCCCCCACCCCCUCGCGUCUCCUCCCCGCGCCACCGGGAAGGACAAGGGGACUGGGCACGGGGACCCCGGCCAGUGAGCGCCCGUGCCCCGGGGCCGCCCCUCGCGCGCUCUCUCCCGCCGCGAGCCCGGGCCGGUCUCGCCUCGCAUGGUGCUGGCCGCAGCCAUGAGCCAGGACGCUGAGCCCAGCGGCCCCGAGCAACCGGACAGAGAUGCCCGCAGCGUGCCCGGUGCCCCGGCGCCCCCGGCGCCCCCAGGCCCACGAGGGAUGCAGCCGCCGCCACCACCGCCGCCGCCGCCUCCGCCCCAAGCCGGCCUACCCCAGAUCAUCCAAAAUGCUGCCAAGCUCCUGGACAAGACCCCGUUCUCUGUCAGUAACCCGAACCCGCUGCUUCCUUCGCCUGCUAGCCUCCAACUGGCUCAGCUGCAAGCUCAGCUCACCCUCCACCGGCUGAAGCUGGCCCAGACGGCUGUCACCAACAACACUGCGGCCGCCACGGUCCUGAACCAGGUCCUCUCCAAAGUGGCCAUGUCCCAGCCUCUCUUCAACCAGCUGAGGCAUCCGUCCAUGAUCAGCGCCCCCCACGGCCACACGGGGGUGCCCCCCCACGCCACGACCGUGCCCAGCACCCGGUUUCCCUCUAAUGCCAUCACCUUCUCAGCUGGGCAGACACGAGGCCCAGGGCCCUCAGUGAACCUUCCCAGCCAGCCCCCCAAUGCCAUGGUGAUGCACCCUUUCAGUGGGGUCAUGCCCCAGACCCCUGCCCAGCCAGCGGUCAUCCUGGGCAUUGGCAAGACAGGGCCCGCCCCUGCUGCAGCGGGCUUCUAUGAGUAUGGCAAAGCCACCUCGGGCCAGGCAUAUGGCUCUGAAACUGACAGUCAGGCCAGCUUCCUGCCAGCCUCGGCCUCUACCUCGGGCAGCGUGACCUAUGAAGGGCACUACAGCCACUCAGGGCAAGACAGCCAAGCUGCCUUCCCCAAGGACUUCUACGGACCCACCUCCCAAGGGUCACAGGUGGCUGGCACCUUUGCGGCCGACACGGCUGGGGGCUUGAAAGGCGAGGUAGGUCCACUGCUGCAGGGUCCAAACAGCCAGUGGGAGAGCCCCCACGGAUUCUCUGGUCAAAGCAAGCCUGAUCUUACAGCAGCCCCCAACCUGUGGCCUCCACACCCUAGCCAGCCCUUUGAGCUCUAUGACCCCGAGGAGCCCACCCCAGACAGGACCCCUCCUUCCCUGGGGGGUCGGCUCAACCACAGCAAACAGGGUUUCAGUGGAGCCCGGCGGCGGGCCAAGGAGGAGCAGGCGGUGCUGUCCAUGCGGCCCCUGCAGGUGCAGGAGCUGAAUGACUUUCACGGUGUGGCCCCCCUCCACCUGCCGCACAUCUGUAGCAUCUGCGACAAGAAGGUGUUUGAUCUGAAGGACUGGGAGCUGCACAUAAAAGGGAAGCUACACGCUCAGAAAUGCCUGCUCUUCUCUGAAAACACUGGUGUCCGGUGUGUACUUGGUCCAGCUGAAGGGACACUGUGUGCGUCCCCCAACAGCACAGCUGUUUAUAACCCUGCUGGGAACGAAGAUUAUGCCUCAAAUCUUGGAACGUCAUAUGCAGCCCUUCCUGCGAGGACAUUUACUCAGUCAAAUCCCGCAUUCCCUUCUGCUUCCCCAGGGAUGAAUUUUGUACAGCGGAAACCGGGUGCUGGCCGCGUGGUACACAUCUGCAAUCUGCCCGAGGGAAGCUGCACUGAGAAUGACGUCAUUAACCUGGGGCUGCCCUUUGGGAAGGUCACUAAUUACAUCCUCAUGAAGUCCACUAAUCAGGCCUUUUUAGAGAUGGCUUACACAGAGGCUGCCCAGGCCAUGGUCCAGUAUUACCAAGAAAAAUCUGCAAUGAUCAAUGGCGAGAAGUUGCUCAUUCGGAUGUCCAAGAGAUACAAGGAAUUGCAGCUGAAGAAACCUGGGAAAACUGUGGCUGCCAUCAUCCAGGACAUCCAUUCCCAGAGGGAGAGGGACAUGUUCCGGGAAGCAGACAGAUACGGCCCAGAAAGGCCACGAUCUCGAAGUCCAGUGAGCCGGUCACUGUCCCCGAGGUCCCACACUCCGAGCUUCACCUCCUGCAGUUCUUCCCACAGCCCCCCGGGCCCCUCCCGGGCUGACUGGGGCAACGGCCGGGACUCGUGGGAGCACUCUCCCUACGCCAGGAGGGAGGAGGAACGAGGCCCGGCGCCUUGGAGGGAGAACGGGGAGGACAAGAGGGACAGGACAGACAUGUGGGCGCAUGACCGCAAACACUACCCCCGGCAAGUGGACAAAACUGAGUUAGACGAGCGCCUGGAAGGAGGGAGGGGCUAUCGAGAAAAACACCCAAGGUCUGGGUCCCCCAGCUCGCUCCACUCUGUGUCGGGCUACAAAAGCCGAGAGGAUGGCUACUACCGGAAGGAGCCCAAGGGCAAAUCAGACAAGUAUCUAAAGCAGCAGCAGGAAGCCCCUGGGAGGUCCAGGAGGAAAGACGAGGCCAGGCUGCGGGAUGGCAGACACCCCUACCCCGACGACUCGGGCAGGGAGGAUGGGCUGGAGGCCAAGGGCACCAAGUCUAAGCAGAGUGAGAAAAACAGAACCAAGAGACCUGACAGAGACCAGGAGGGAGCUGACGACAGAAAAGAGAGCAGGAUGGCGGAGAGUGAGGCUGGAAAAGAGGAACAGGACAGCAUGGAAGAGAGCCCCUCAUCAGUGGGCAGGCAGGAGAAAGAAACAGAGUCCUCUGAUGCAGAGAACACAAGGACAAGGAAGGAGCAAGACUCAGAGAGCGGAAGUGAGGCAGAGGGGGAGAGCUGGUACCCCACAAACAUGGAGGAGCUGGUGACGGUGGACGAGGUCGGGGAGGAAGAAGAUUUUAUCAUGGAACCGGACAUCCCAGAACUGGAAGAAAUUGUACCCAUUGACCAGAAGGACAAAAUCUGUCCAGAAAUUUGUCCCUGUGUGACAACCACCUUAGACUUGGACUUAGCCCAAGAUUUCACCAAGGAGGGGGUCAAGACCAUAGGUAACGGGGCUGCGGAAAUCAGCCUCAAGUCGCCCAAAGAACCACCUUCUGCUUCCACGAGCUGCCCCAGUGACAUGGACGUGGAAAUGCCUGGCCUAAAUCUGGAUGCUGAGCGGAAGCCAGCUGAAUGUGAGACAGGCCUCUCACUGGAGGGUUCAGGUUGCUACGAGCAGCAGGCAAAGGGAGCAGAGAGUUCAGAUGUUUGUCUGGCCCCUACACUCGAGCAAAUGUCUUCCCCCAAGCCAGCAGAGGAGAGGGCCUGGCAGCCUGGCCCGUUUCUCGAUGAUGGCAAGGUCGGGGGGACCCCCGAAGACGGGGCUGCUGAAGGCAGCCCCCUGGAGGAGAAAGCCAGCACCCCCACCGAAACUGACCUCCAAAGCCAGGCUUGCCAAGGAGUGUCGACCCAGGAAAACUCCAGGUACGUGGAAAUGAAAUCACUGGAUGCGAGGUCACCGGAAUACACUGAAGUGGAGCUGAAACAGCCCCUUUCUUUGCCUUCCUGGGAACCAGAGGAUGUCUUCAGUGAACUUAGCAUUCCUCUAGGCGUGGAGUUCGUGGUACCCAGGACUGGCUUUUACUGCAAGCUGUGUGGGCUGUUCUACACAAGCGAGGAGAUGGCAAAGAUGAGCCACUGUCGCAGUGCCGUCCACUAUAGGAACCUACAGAAGUACUUGUCCCAGCUGGCCGAGGAGGGCCUGAAGGAGACCGAGGGGGCAGGCAGCCCAAGGCCCGAGGACAGUGGAAUCGUGCCGCACUUUGAAAGGAAAAAGCUCUGACAUCCCUGCCGCUGCUGGAAGCAGAGCGAGGAGGGCCAGCCGUGGAGGGGCCUUCCUGACCUCCAGGACAGGAACUCAGGCAGCCACGCCACCUGAUGUGUCCUCAGAGUCUUGUGAAGCACCCCUCAAGCGUCUCCCAGUACCCUCACCCUGGUGUGUCCAUCUGCUGAGGGGCACCCACUCCUUCCCCGCCCUCGUUUUCCUUCAAACCAUCUUUCGAUUUGCUUCUCUCUCUUCCUCCCCAUCCCUCUCUCCCUCCUUCUGUGCCCAGGGUCAUUGCCUUUUCAUAAAAUCCAACUUCUCAGGGAUUUUCACCAUGUUCAAAUUCUUGAUGGGAUAGGAUGGGCCAAGCCAGGCUGAGUCUUCCAAAGAAAAGAUCUCACGGGGAUUCCAGGGCCGAAAACCGAGUCAGUGAACCCAGAACAGUUUCUCUGCCUGGCAUCCUGGGGUUCACUGAGCCUGGUUUGCUCAGUCUGGACAGUCCUGGAAGGGGGCACCCUACGCAGUUGGUGGGCAGCAGCCGAGAGUUCCUCCAGCUGGGACACCUUUUUGAAAAGCUCUGAUUCUCAUAACUCUUUUGUCCUCUCAAUUCAUGCCUUAAAAUUGAAUGAAUUUUACAGAGGUGAACUUAUCAGAGCUUCAUUUUGGAAGCUCUGAUAAGUUCCCCUCAAAUGUACUUCCCUCCCGUUGAUUUCAGGAGAUGCUCCAGUUUGUUCUGCUCUGAAUGUUGAAUUUGGUCUGGAUUCACUUUAAAAGUGGAGACAGAAGCACCUUCCCCUUCUAGCUGAAACAGCAGUCAAUCAAGGCUUCGGUUGAAGGUCGGCCUCCUAGCUGUGCAUGGUUGGCCUGAAAGACACUUAAACAAGGACAUGGCAUCUGUCCUUGACUGGCCCUUGGUCCUGCACUCUGGGCUCCAGCAGCCUCACGGUGGGGUAGUCUCUUAAACGGGGAGACUAUCUUAGAGGGAGGGGAAGCCAAAGAGAGAGAAGGCUGCAAGACUGGGGGGUGGGGGAGGCAUUUGAGGGUUGCCAGGUGUUUGUAGGUGGGCCUUUUCCAAUUGCACAGAAGGUCAAGGCCAUGUCAGGGUUGACUGCAGUGCAGACUUUGAUGUUAAAUGUUAUGAAGCACAGAGCCCCUUCCCAUUGGGCUGUGCAAUGCUGAAGGUCAGUCAGUGCCUUCAGGCCCGGGACAGGCUGCAGGGUCUCUAGUCCGAUGUCCAUUGGAAGGGUUUGGAGAAAGGUACUGGGGAAACAAGAUUCAGCUGCAGGCCUGGAGAAAACCCUGAGAAGGUCAGAGGAGAGGCUGGUGCUGCUUGCUCAGGCUGACAUACCCGCCUGGAGGCGGCCAUCCUGGCUCAGCCCCUAGAAAGUGGUUCCUGUUAUUUGUCUUCCUGACUACAGGCCGGUAGACAAGGACGAGAUUGUAUUUUUAUUUUAAUGUUUUGCUUUAUUCUUUUUAAUGGUAACUAAGUCCAUACUGCACAUCCUGUCCUCUGCACUAAAGGCAGAAGGGUAGAGGGAGAGGUUAUCUGAAUUCGACACUGACAUUUUAUCAGUGAGGAAACCGAGGUGCAGAAAGGGAGCUAAAAUUGAUCACGUGAUUUUAACAGGCUAAUCACGUGUAAACCUUGGGGCAGGUGGACACCAGCAAGGAGAGAACUGUUGAGAACUUGGGAGAGAGAAGAAUUCGGACAAGCACCAGAGGCAAACAGACUAGCUUGGUCAGGUGUAGGGAGAGCCUGCAGGUGGCAGAAAACCUGAACUUGGCAUCUGGGCAGCUGAGGGGGCCUCAGCAAGGUUAGUGUCUCAGAGUAGUUUGAAAAUGGUGACCCAGCCAGACCUGGGCCCCUGGCCGAUUCCUCUGUUUUUUUCCUGCUGAUCUGGAAACCAGCCUUUUCCAUUUCUCAGAAAAACCUUUGACCCUGUGUGUCUUUCUUCCCAUGGAGGGAAGUCAAGGGUCAGCUCUCUGGGCCUCCUCACUGAACCUUGCUGGGAAAAGCCUACUGCCUCCAUUAGAGGCUAAAACUGCAUUUUCAGAGAGGCUGGCCAUCUUUUCUCCCAUUAAAGUGGAAGCUGACCCUGCCAGCUCAUCCCUCCAGCCGUGUUUCCAUGGAAACCUGGAUGGCUGUUCAAACAGCCGUAUUCCCUAGUAAUGUAAUGGCUCCCUUGCUGAGAGACUGACCUUCUCCGUAUUUUAAAGCUGGAAAAUGGUCCUGGGAAGGAAAGAGAAUUGGAUGUUUGCAUUCAAUCAGAACCUUCAGUUUAAAAAAAAUCAUCCAAGAUCCUAUAUUUGUGUGUAUAUAUAUUUAUUUUUAUUUAUUUUUAUACAACUCCAUUGGCAUAGUUUCACCCACUCUAUAAUUUGCACUUUUUAUCCCUACGUGUGUCAUACACAAUGCAGCAUUAAAAGCAACCAGGAAAAUAUUGAUUUAUUUUUUAAAGCUUUUCUUCCGUGUUUGUUAACCAUUUCAAAAUGUCUCCCCCAAAAGGUUCUUGGAGAGCAGCCGCUUUUCAUUCAUAUCCUGGGUUAAUAUGACAAAAGGCCGGUGUACUUUUCUCUUUAUUGUAAACACCUGAAAUAAAGCCUAUCCAGAGUUUAUUCCUGAAGAAUUUGGUAAAUUUGAUGUUGGCGUGAGCAGCAGCCAUUAGUAUCAGGGUUUCCCUUGACAGUCUGAGGCUGUGAUCUGCUGGAUUAUCCUGGAACUGGACCAGUUUGAUUUUUGAGCUUAUGAGAAGAAGAAAAACAUUAGUUCAUUUAAGUUUGAAUUUGUAAAGUAUUGGAAUUUGUCGAGUGUCCUAUAUAUAAGUCGUUACCACUUUUCCUGAUCUGUAUAACUGACCGCAAGUGUUUGUUUUUACAAAAGGAAAAAAAAAUGAUUUUUAAUAAAGAGAAUUUGAAAGCUUG